AUGUCCUCUCCAUCAACCGUCGUGUUGACAAGUGCCAACUCCGGCAUCGGCUACGCAGCGUCCAAAGUCAUCACCCCUGCCUCGGCAAACCACCACACCAUAAAAGCAAGCCGCUCCAUAGAAAAAGGCAACGCAGCCAGCUCCGCCGUCUCAGAGACCGGCAUCAAAGGCACAACAUCCAGCAUCCAGCCCGACGUCACCGACGCAUCAUCCGUCGCCGCGGCCAUCCAGCGGGUUGAAAGCGAACACGGCCGUACGGACGUACCGGCAUACACUCGCAAGCCGCGACCCCCAAGGACCCAACUCGAAAACACCUUCGACACCAACGUCAUCGGCGCGGCUCCCCGUCGCGGAAGCGUUUACGCCCCCCUUUUUGCUGGAUUCGGCGAAUCCGUACCCGCUUCGCAUCAGCGGCGGGCUCGGCUCUGUACCGGCGACGGUUUCGAUUCCGGGCGUGACGCUCGGGCGUACGGGAUGAGCAAAGGGGCGCUGGAUAUGCUCGUGGUGUUGGAUGGCACGGUGCUGGGGCAGCAGGGGGUGAAGGGUUUCGCCGGUUGUCCCGGUCUGGUGGAGUUGAAUUUGGGGGGCGAGGGCGAAGAGGAGGGGAGUGCGGGGGGGAAGGUGGGGGAUGUGGAGGUGUCGGGGCGGACGAUUCUGCGGGAUCUUGGAGGGUGA